GAUAACAAUGGUGACGGACGUGCAGCUGGCCAUAUUUGCCAACAUGCUUGGCGUGUCGUUGUUCCUGCUGGUUGUGCUGUAUCACUACGUCGCCGUCAACAACCCCAAGAAGCUGGAGUAGAGUCUGCCAACAUGAUCAGAGAGAUGAGAUGGGCAUCAAAGCCACCACCUUGGAAACAACAUUCCCAAUCUUCCCAAGAGAUGAACCUCUGUGUUGUCAUGGUUGCACAUUAGUGUUUUUUUUAUAAUAAAAAAGGUGUGAUGAA